AUGGCUGAUCUCAAUAAUGAAGCACCAGUGACAACAAGUCCAGGUAAUGAGAAAAUGCAUCUGACAAAUGACCAUGACAAACCCAAAAAAAGGUCGCUUUUAGAAGACGACUUCUUUUCCUUGAGUAGCAGCUUUGAUAAAAAGAAGAGAAAGCACAAGCACAAAAGCAGAGAGGCUACGUCGAGCUCACCCAUUGGCUCAGAGCGUACCAUUAAGGCUGAAGAACCCACGUCCAUUAAUCCUGAUAUUCAGACAAAUGAAAAAGUUAUUGAAAAAGAGACAAAGCUGGGUUCUGUCUCCAUACCCAAAGAUGACUCCAAAUCCACUCCCUCUGAUACGAACAGCCCAACGACUCUUCCGUUGCUAGACAAGGAACAAAUUCUUCGAGAGAUUGAACAAAGGGUCAGUGAACGUGAAGCAAAAUUGUCAACGCCGUUGUUAGAUGAUUCAGAUGAAGAAGAGGUUCAGGUCGAGAUUGUGAAAAGUUCUCCAAAAACAAGAAAUUCAGCUAAGUCACCGAUACAAGAUUACAGCUAUAAAUUCGCUGAAGCUGACGAAAAGAAAAGACGAUAUAUUAUAAAAAUCAUAUCGAAGCUUCCGGCACCGCAAGACUCAACUAUAGAAGUUGACCUUGCUUGUAAGGGAAUGAAAUCAUUCAGCAAGAUUAUAAAAUCUGCUGUGGAUUUCUACAAAAACAUUUAUUCGGAUCAAAUGCCACAAGUUUUACUUGAUCGGUACAAUGUUGAAAUUUGUAGUUUAGUUUGGGUUGAGGGAAAGUUGCUUGUGCAUUCUUAUUAUACUCCUAGAAUGCUUAGGAUUCCGCCGCCUGGUGGGGCCUUCAAUGCAUUAGUGGACAAGGUGGAAUUGAUGCCGCCUACAACAGUACAUUUUUUCUUGAUUCCUAAGGACAAUAGCGAAAAUUUUAUGAAUGUUUACCCUGAAUUAAGGGCCAGUGCAAUAGAGCCAGAGAUUAAAGAAAUGGAAGAAUCUACGAUUGCAGAGGAGCUUAGCCAAUCCAGUAGUGAGAAUGAAGAUGAGGAUGAUGAAAAUGGGUCGUUUUUCAAAGGUGAUAAAUUUAUUGAUCUUUAUAAUGAAGAAGAAGGUGUUUUCUCGAUCGGACUUAAAGGGAAAGAUAACAUACGUAUCUCCUGUAAGGUAACCCCCGAGACCAAAAUCGAGAGUCUUUUAAAGUUUUACUUGAAGAAAAAAGGAAUCGAUGAAACUUCGAUCAACUUGCCAUCUGUGAAGAUGAUUUUUGACGACGAGGAGUUGAAUCUUCAUGACGUUGUAGCAGAUACGGAAUUGGAGGACGAUUUUGAAAUUCAGAUAAUAAUGUAG